GAGGAGUCAGAGGAGGAGGAUACCUGGGCUGUCGGCGUAGAAGCAAAUACCGACAGCCCCACAAAACAAGUCAGGGAGCAGCAAGGGAGAGCAAACGCCUCGCUACGAUACAAGCAGGAAGAUCUGUUGACACAAUGAGCUGCAGCAGUGUUGAAGGAUCGGAGUUCUCUGAAGAAGAGCUGGAGCUUGGCGUGCUGGGUGAGGGGGAGGACGAAGGGAGUCCCAAGGAAUCUUUCGAAGACAGCGAGAGCUCUGCCAGCCCUAGUGACCUGGAGGAAGGUCAGACCAAGAAGCGUAAUCGACCGGUUCGCUCAAAAGCUCGAAGGAUGGCCGCCAACGUCCGUGAGCGGAAACGCAUCAUGGACUACAACCAGGCGUUCAAUGCCCUGCGCGUCACUCUGAACCACGACCUCAGCGGCAAGCGGCUGUCAAAGAUCGCCACCCUGCAGAGGGCCAUCAACCGCAUCUCCGCUCUCUCAGUGUUCCUGAGCUCCAACCCCCCCAGCAAGCCCUGCACCCACCGGGAGUGCAACAGGUCGUCUGCAGGACCUGCUGCCAUGGGAGCAUCUCGGCAUGAGCAGACCCGGGCCCCGGCUCCUCGUCUGGAGCCUCAGAGUUACGUCCCCUGGCACUCGACCAUCCCUCACCAGAUGCCCCCUCAACAAGGGCCUCCCCUGCACCGGCUGCCCACGGAGCCUCAUGUGUACAUGGACAAUACCGCGUCAUCAUGUCCCCCGUCACCACACUACCCUUGUUACCCCCCUGAGGGACAGCUUUAUGCCUCAUAUGGACACUGCGGCAGCCCCCACGACCAUCCGCUCAGCCCUAUGCGAUACCCACAGGUGGGCGAGGGUUUGGGGUACCAACCGAGCAUGUGGGCCUCCUGCACUCAGAAAUACAUGGAGACUUUUGUGGAGCCCUCUCCAGCUCUGGGGCUUCCCUGGCAGGUGAGCUACAUGCAGGAGCCGGAGCACAUCCUCCCUCUGGGUUCUGAAAUCCUAUAACGGGCUUUAUACAGAACCAUGAGUCCUGAACACUGCUGAUGACACAGCGGACUGACCAAUGACCUCAGGGAGAAACGUUCUCUGUUCCUUCUCUUGCAUCAACUCAGUAUUACAAGAAAAUAUUAUUUUAGAGCAGAGUGAUCAUAAUGUGAGUAACAGAUUUAUGAAAAGUGCAAUGGCAAUCGAGACUGCAGAAUGUUGUAUGCAUUGUUUUGAUCUAGCAUUUCAAAAUGUAAAAGAAUGUGUCACUGUAAAUAAUUCUCCUACAGAAUUAUGUUCGGGAUGUUUGAUUGUUAAUUGUUGUUUGGUCUUCUCCAGAGGCUGAAGAACUUAAAAUGAUGCUAAAUGUGUGAUAAUAAAGUAAAAGUGAGAAUUACCUUAAAGAGCCACAAGUAGACAAACAAACACACAUGGGACAGCUUGCAUUCUGUGUGUGCGACACUGUUAUGUAACUUACACCAUGUUUUCUUUCAAGUAAGAUGUCUACGAUUUGAACCCAACAUUCUUGUAUUUAUACUCUGUAUACGUUUAAAAUGAAUAGAUGUUCGUACAGUAAAGGUGUAA